AGCUUAUUCUUGGUCUCAUUUUCAAGCACCUCUUGAAUGAAGCGACAUCUUCAUACUGCAGUUUCAAGGGAAUCACCAAGCUCACGUUGAUUCAUUAAGGAUGGGAGACCAAAGCAUCGAGGAGAAGCUGUUGUUGUAUGAAGAUCUGUUCAGGCACCGUUACACAGACCAAGAUGAAGAUUAUAUGACAACCUUAAACACACCUCUUGCAGACCCGCCUUGUGUAGAGAAUUGGUAUUCCAAGCCUAAACGAGCUUAUGACAGGAAUAGGCCUGAUUACAGUCGGGGAGGAUAUAACCAGCACCGUGGAGCUAGAGGGCAUCACUCAGAUUACAGGCAAAGAGACAGGUAUCAUCCAUAUAGUGACAGACAUGGACAGAAUUAUCAUCAUCAUCAUGAUCACAGGCAAGGACAAGACAGACAUUUUCAUGAAGGGAGACGAGAUCAACAAAGAUACAAUAGUUAUAAUGAUAGGCCAGGCCAGAGACCUUACAACCAAAAUAGAGGUGGACAUUGGACUUGAAGUCAGUCUGUUUUGAAAGAAAGCAUACAAGAUAAUGUUCAAUCAGUUUGAGGAAAUUCAAUUAUUGUAAUUGGUGUCAUUUAUUUAUCAUUAUCUUGCAACCUUUUCAGCACUCUUCCAAAGUGUUGAAAUUGAAAUGUAAAACAAAACUGAUAUACCAAACUGUUAUAUUUUCUCUGAAUUAAUUGAUUUAUAUUUCUUUCUGUACUUUCCAAAUUAAAAAGUUUACUGCAAAUCUGUAAGGGAUGUGAUGAAAUAUAUAAAAGGUUUAUAUAUAUCUUUAAAUUUGCCAUUAUUUGGGCCAAAGUUAAUUUUAUUCUAAUCAUUGUAGAGGAUGAUAAAUCUACAAGUAACUUAAAAGUUUGCAUAUUUUCUUCACAUAAAAGUGCAUCAUGCUUCUUGGAUUAAAAGAAUGAAGCAAAUUAAGAAUAAUGCAAAAUGAAAAUGUAAGAGAAACGUGUUCCAUGUCUAUUUAUGUCCAUCUAUGAGACUUCUAAAAGUAAUGCUGUAAUUCAUAGCAGAAGUAAAAUUAAAAACCAACUUAUCUAGUUCAUAUUGACUGAAAGUAAAAUAAAGAUAAAAUCACUA